ACCAAGUAUUUAGCGUGGCAACGAGCAAAGGCGCCAUUAACAGUAACGCCUAAACGCAACGAAACGCAAUCUCCACCUCUUCUCUCUCUGCGGACCAAAACACAGACACGUUCCAAUUCCCCCUUCUUUCUUUCACAUGCACACUCUUCAAAUUCCACUUCAACAAACCCUAAACCCUAAUGCUCUGAAACUCACAUUCCCAUAAAGUUGAGAAAUAUGAGAAUUCCAAGCAAUUGCGAGUUCACACGAAUCACGCCCUCUGCUUUCAGCUACCACCGUCUCAAAUCAUACGUUUCCGACUGCAGAGCCGUGCUUCUCCCCUCAUUCGGCGGCCCGCACGUGCUCCAGCUUCGCUCGCACGUGCCAGUCCCUCCGCUCAAGCCUCACGAUGUCCUCGUUCGUGCGCGCGCCGUCUCCGUCAACCCCUUGGACACCCGAAUGCGUGCUGGCUACGGGCGUUCCAUCUUCGAGCCGCUGUUGCCUCUCAUUUUGGGGCGCGACGUCAGCGGCGAGGUUUCGGCGGUCGGAGAUAAGGUGAGGUCGGUGAGUGUGGGAGAACAGGUUUUCGGGGCACUGCAUCCCACUGCCGUGAGAGGCACUUACUCGGAUUACGCGAUUCUCUCCGAAGAGGAGGUUACUCCGAAACCGGAUUCACUUACUCAUGUGGAAGCCAGUGCCAUUCCUUUUGCUGCAUUGACAGCUUGGCGUGCUCUAAAAAGUACAGCUAGAAUAAGCGAGGGACAACGGAUAUUAGUAGUCGGAGGUGGAGGAGCAGUAGGGUUGUCUGCAGUUCAGCUUGCAGUAGCUGCUGGUUGCUCUGUUGUAACUACUUGUGGAAGUCAAAGCGUAGACAGAUUGUUAGCAGCUGGUGCAGAUCAGGCUGUCGAUUAUGUUGCUGAGGAUGUUGAAUUGGCUAUAAAGGGAAAGUUUGAUGCUGUUUUGGACACUAUUGGUGUGCCUGAGACAGAACGGAUGGGCAUUAAUUUUCUAAAACGAGGUGGACACUACAUGACACUUCAGGGUGAGGCAGCAUCAUUGUCUGAUAGAUAUGGACUGACUAUUGGGCUUCCUGCAGCUACAGCUGUUUUAUUGAAAAAACAGCUUCUAUAUCGAUUCUCUCAUGGAAUAGAAUACUCAUGGACAUAUAUGAGGGCUGACUUAGAUGGUUUAAUUGAGAUUCGAAAGCUAUGUGAAGCUGGGAAGAUGAAGAUACCUGUGUAUAAAACGUUUCCCAUAACACAAGUAAAAGAAGCUCAUGAGGCAAAAGACAAGAAGCUCAUUCCUGGUAAAGUUGUACUGGAACUUGAUUGACGUCUUGAAGCUGAUCAGAGUUGGUUAAACUAGUUUUUUUUUUUUUCUUUUUUGCAAUGGAUUGUUCCACAUUUUAUUGAGAUUGAUAGGUGUUUUUUCUGGGUUCUCUUUGAUAGAAAGUGGAACUUGUUGUAAAUUUUGAUCCAGAAUAAGAACAUCUGUAAAUUGAUUGAGAAGUUUGUGUGACACAUGUCCUUUCUUUACCUUUACAACUGUUCUAGUUUUAGUCAUAUCCACUUGUGUUGUAGAAGGUGUUGACCCCAUGUGUCAAUUGUACUCACUAUAUCAAUAGCCAAUCCGUGUUCUCUUGAAUUGUGACAUCGAAAGAGAACAUUGCUGAA